CUGCAUUUCGCCGGCAAUACAUCAUUCCUAUUUUUUUUGCAGUCUAAAUAUCAAACUUUUUUACGUACAUCACCACCAUACAGCUAUGAAGCUCUUGUGGUGUUACAUACAUUGGAGGUGCUCAACUUUCGUGAAGCUGUUGUGGUAUUUGUCAAAGAUGAUAUUGAUGCAUUGGAUUUUGUGAUUACUUUACAAAAAAAUGUCGCUCAAUUCAAAAUACAUGUACAAAAAUAUAUUGAAAUUGAUAUGCACAGUGAACUGAAUACAACAGUUGAAGAGGAUUUCGAAGAGGUUACCUCAAAUAUUAUAGUGUUGUUUGCAAAGAAGGACGAUGCAGAAAUAAUUUUCGAUAGAAUUUCAGUAUUUUCAACAUUAGGAAAAAUGUGUAUUGUCAAUGAAUUGGCAUCACAAGCAAAAAACGUUCCAAAUGGUAGACUAAUACAUUUUGUUCGAUUUUUUUCUUCUUCUUUUUUUUUGUUUUAUUCAUUUUUAAUGUUUUUGGACGAAAGUAAAAUUGUCUGGAUUGGAAAUGGUAAAAAACCACAGGAAAUAACGUUGCCAAAACAUUUACGGGUGGUAACCACGCAUGAUCCUCCAUUUGUCUACACAACUCCGGUAUCAGAUUCUAGUCAGUGCAGUACCCUGGAAUUUUUUCGGAUUGGUCCCUGGCAUCCAUGCGUAUUAAACACCAAAACAACAACAUUUGUGUACUGCUGUGCCGGUUACGCUAUCGAUCUGCUUUCAAAUCUCUCAAUUUCCGAAGUAGCUUAUCACAAUGAGACCAUUCAUACUGGUUUUACAUUCUGCAUUCACUUAAAUGACAGCUAUGGAAUGGUAUUUCUGUCUGACGACGGUUAUACGCUUAACGGUAUGGUAGGAGAACUUGAAGCUGAUACAGCUGAUUUAGCCGUUGGUGGAUUGACAAUCAAUCCAGAGCGGGAAAUUCUGGAAAGAUGGGUAUAUUUCUGUAAAACAAUUUGUAUUUUAACCCCAAUUUAUCUUUGGGGUACACUGUUGGCAUCUGUACUUCUGGUUGGCUGUGUCAUAUAUCUUCUGGAUCUGUAUUCACCAUUUGACCAGUUUACUAUUCAAACAGAAAAAAAAACACUCAAUCUGUCAGGAACGUUGUUUCAUGAAAAUCUUCAUGAAAGAGUUAACUUUGGUGAAGCAAUGUGGUUUGUUUGGGGUGUUCUGCUGAAUAGUGGUGUUUGUGAAAAAACACCGAGAAGCUGUAGUGCGCGAGUUUUAGGAGUGGUUUGGUGUGGCUUCUGUAUGAUUAUGGUUGCAUCCUACACAGCCAAUCUUGCCGCAUUUUUGGUUUUGGAUCAACCUGAAAAAGGCCUCACUGGAAUCACCGAUCCACGGCUACGCAAUCCGGCUGCAAAUUUUACCUUUGGUACAGUGCUAGACACGAAUACAUAUCAGUACUUUAAAAGGCAUAUUGAAUUAUCAACAAUGCAUCGAAAUAUGGGUCCACAUAACGUUAAAACAGCUUCACAAGCUAUUCAACGUCUUCUCAAUGGGACUUUGGAUGCAUUUAUAUGGGAUUCAACAAGGCUUGAGUAUGAAGCAGCUAAAAAUUGCAAGUUACGAACUCGCGGUACGCUGUUUGGCCGUUCCGCUUAUGGUGUAGGAUUACAGAAGAAUUCACCAUGGACCCCACAUAUAACCAACGCAAUUCUGAGAUUAUCAGAAAGUGGUAAAAUGGAGCAAUUGCAUUCCAAAUGGGUUGUAUCUGUACAGUCACGACCCUGUGUUCAAAAUGAACAAAAAGUACCAGCUAGACUUGGUCUUACCAAUAUGCGAGGUAUGACUUAUCCAGUGAUGGGAUGGUUCGCCUAUCUGUUGGCAUUCAUCUUCAUUAUAUUAUUCCUAUGGCCGUGUGUACCAAUCGCCUGUUUUUUGCCUUGUUUUGCCGAUUAUGUACAUAUUUGUCCAAACUGUGGACAUCGAAUAGGCCGAUACCGUAAGGGUGCAAAGCCAAGAUUCUAUGUUUAG